GAGUCACAGGGACCCGCAGCCCACCCUGAGCAGAUGUUUAAGUUUACAUUUUCUUACUUAUUUAGGUAAGAUGACAUUUUAGCCUGCGUUUUCCACCGUUUUGAACAAAUCGGGGAAAAAAAACUGCGCUGUAAAGCAACUUUCUGCGGGCACGAGACUGCUGCUGCGCUCAAGGAGCCUCCAGAGCUCUUCCUGUCUGCGUCAAUAUGGGGAUCAAAGCUGCACUUCCCAAAUAUGAGAUCUAUUUCUACAACACGGUGCUCUGUCUGGCCAUGUUCUGGGCGGCCAGCUGGAUCUUUGACGUGUCCAGUUCCAAUGCAAACAGAAAGACAUUCAAAUCCAGUGUGAAGCCAGGAUGGUACUACUUUGGAAGGAAAAUGGAUACGGCUGAUUUUGAGUGGGUGAUGUGGUUCUCCACCUUCAGGGAGCACAUCCUGUUUGCUCUCUCCGGCCAUGUGCUGUUCGCUAAGAUCUGCUCCAUGUUGGCUCCACAGUACAGGUCCCUGGUGUACAUGGUGUACGGGUUGCUGGCUGUGUGGACCAGUAUGGGCUGGACCUACGUCACCCUCAUCCUGUCCCACUGCAUUCUGCUCUACAGCAUCUCCUUAGUGAAAAUCCGCUGGCUUUGCUUCGUCACCGGCCUCUGUACCCUCGCCACAUUCAAGUGUGAACCCUUCGUUUCCUGGCAGGCCGGUUUUGUGGAGGGAGACUUUGAGCUGCGUCACAUUCUCUUCUACGGAGGUUGUGGCUUUACUAUCAUGCGCUGUAUGAGCUUUGCUCUGGAGAACUGCGAGAGGAAAGACGGAAACUACAACAUCCUGGAGCUGCUCAAGUACAACUUCUACCUCCCCUUCUUCUAUUUCGGGCCCAUCAUGACCUUUGAUAAGUUUUAUGUCCAAGCCAACAAGUCGGACCUGACCAGGAAGGAGCGGGAGAUGUGGAACAUCAGUGUGCAGGGCCUGAUUCACCUGGGAGUCAUCAUUGUAGUGGACGUCCUCUUCCACUUCCUGUACAUCCUCACCAUCCCUGCUGACCUGAAGCUGCUGAAGCACGCCUCCGACUGGGCUCUGGUGGGUCUAGCUUACUUUAACCUGGUGUAUGACUGGGUAAAAGCAGCUGUCAUGUUCGGAGUCAUCAACACGGUGUCCAGACUGGAUCACCUGGACCCACCCAAGCCACCAAAAUGCAUCACUAUGCUCUACGUGUUUGCUGAAACCCACUUUGACAGAGGGAUCAACGACUGGCUGUGCAAGUACGUGUAUGACUACCUGGGCGGAAAACACGAGAACGUGGUGGAGGAGCUGGUGGCUACACUGUGCACCUUCGGCGUCACCAUCCUCUGGCUGGGACCCUGCGAGGUGGUUCUGAUCUGGGCUUUCUUCAACUGUUUCGGCCUUAACUUUGAGCUGUGGACCGCCAAGUUCUUCUCCAUGGAGCCUUUUGCUUCUUUUGAGAUGGCUAUGACAGAGGCAACGUCCCGCAGGAUCAGAGCCAUCUUCAAUACUUUGAACUUCUGGAGCAUCGUGUUGUACAACGUUCUGGCCCUGAACAGUUUGGACUUUGCCAAGUUGGUUGCCAAGCGGCUGCUUCUAAAAGGCUUCCCUAUUACCACCAUCAUCGUCAUGUUUGUGACCUACUGCCUGAUCCAAGUGAUCAAGGAGAGAGAGAGGAGGCAGGCACUCAUUGAUGACCCCGAUCCUCUUCCUCCUGCUCCCCCUCCAAACGCCACAAUCACCAGCCCGACCAGCGCCGCCGCUGCACCCGCUGCUGCUCAGCCGGUCACAGAUCCUAGCAAGGAAAAAGCAGAGUAGAUAUUUGACGUUCACUAACAGCGAUGAAUGUAAACAGCAAAGAAUAUUAACACCAGUCCGGAUUUUUAAACAUGGAUUUUGAGUGGAUGCUCUGUUUCGAACAGCAUUAACUGUAAAUACGUUUACCAUCAUUUAACUGUGUUUAUACCUAAAAGGGAAAGAAAAGAACUCAAUAACAUAGAUUUACUCAAAUAUGGCAUAAUACACAGUAUAAUGUACACUGGUGGGGUGUCAAAGCUUAAUUUUAAUUUUUCUGAAACCUUUUGUCACUAAUACAAAAAAAAAAAAUAAACUGCAGAG